AUGAGCUCCAAGAUAAUUAGAGAAAAAUUAUCUCUCUGGGAAUCGAAGACAGACUGUAAAGCUCCCCUCUCUCGCUUACAAAAGGAUGCAAUUAUUGAAUUGACACACCAUGCUUCAUUCAGACCAAUUCCAUCGGACUUACCAGUUGAUGAUGCCCCAGUUCUAGCUAACACUGCAUCUACUCCAGCCUCACCUACAGGUAGUACUGAUACCUUCAUCAAUUUAUAUCAACAAUCUGCACCUCCUGAAGGUGGAAAAAUUGAAAAUGCACAGCAGUUCUUUUCCUGGUUUUCUGAAUUGGAGGAAAAUAUGGAUCAAGAUGAUGAAUCUCAGUAUAGAAAAUAUAUAGAAGAAUUGAGUGGUUAUCAACAUCAGUGUAAUACAGUAUUAGAUGAGGUGUCUCAAGCUUUAGAUUAUUUACAUGCAUUACAGACUCAAUAUAUCAAUGUUUCUACUAAAACUAACACUUUACAUGAAGCUUGUGAACAUCUUCUAGCAGAGCAGACAAAGUUAAUGAAUAUAGCUGAAGGAAUCAGUAAUAAGCUAUCCUAUUUUAACGAAUUUGAUAGAAUUUCCAGUAAAUUAGGUUCAACAACUUUAUCAGUGACUAAUGAAUCCUUUAUACCAAUGUUGUCUAGAAUGGAUGAAUGUAUUUAUUAUUUUAGAAAUAAUCCACGGUUUAAAGAAUCAUCAACAUACCUAGCUAGAUUUAAACAAUGUUUAUCUCGAGCUCUGGGACUAAUUAAAAUACAUGUUACCAAUAUCUUACAAAAUGCUACUCAACAAGUUCAACCCAAAAAGGUUUGUGGAAUCUUGCUUUACUUUUACCAAAAACAUUGCGAUGAAAGAUAUAACUUAUUUCAAAGACAACAGGAUUCUGAUACCCAAAAUAUUGCUGACAAUGCAUUCACCUUAUUUUAUGGCAAAUUUCGAGCUAAUGCACCAAGAGUAAAACUACUAACAGAGCAACUUGAAAUAAGAACAGACAAAUCACCAGAAUAUAUUGAAGUAUUAAAUGAAUGUCAUCAGUGUUAUUUUUUACAAAGAGAGAAGUUACUAGGUCCUAGUAUAUCAUCAACAGUGACAGAUUUAGCUAAAAAACAUUCCAGAGAUCAUUGUGCUUUGGUUAGAAGUGGUUGUGCUUUCAUGGUUCAUGUUUGUGAGGAUGAAUAUCAACUAUUCUUUAAUUUCUUUUCCAAACCAACCCCAUUAUUAGAUCAGAUGUUGGAGAGAAUGUGUAAUAAUCUAUAUGAUGUAUUCAGACCAUUAAUUAUACAUGUCAACCAUCUGGAAACUCUGUCAGAAUUAUGUAGCAUACUAAAAAUAGAAAUGAUGGAAGAACAUGUCAGCAAUAAUGUUCAAGAACUGGGAGCAUUUGAAGUGAUAUGUAAACAAAUGCUAAUGGAUGUACAAGAGAGACUGGUUUACCGUACCUAUAUUUAUAUUAAAAGUGAUAUAUUGAACUAUACUCCAGCAUCUGGUGAUCUGGCCUACCCUGAAAAACUAGAAAUGAUGGAAAGUAUAGCUGAAAGUUUGAAAAAACCAGCAACAAGCCAUUCCCGAACACCCUCAAAUGCUUCAAGCACUAGCCAAGAGGUAGCUCAGUUAACAGUAACACAAGAUGAAUUGAAUGGUUUAGAAGUAACACCAACCAAUAUGCCAAUGUCACCUGCAGAUUUACACGGCAUGUGGUAUCCUACAGUACGACGUACAUUGGUUACAUUAUCUAAAUUAUAUAGAUGUAUUGAUAGAACAACUUUCCAAGGGUUAUCACAGGAAGCUCUACAAGCUUGUAUUGAGUCUUUAAAGAAAGCAGAAGAUGGAAUCACCAAGAGAAAGGUUGCUGUAGAUGGUCAGUUAUUUUUAGUAAAACAUUUAUUAAUAUUGAGAGAACAGAUAGCACCAUUUCAUGCUGAUUUUUCAAUCAGAGAAACUCAUCUUGACUUCACCAAGUUUAAAGAUGCAGCCUAUGCUUUACUACAGAAGAAAUCUCAACUGUUUGCCUUUAACAGUACUAAUGCCCUGUUACACUUUAUCUUGGAGGGAACUCCUCAAGUGACAGAGUAUUUUGUUGAUUCAAAACAUGAUGUGGAUCAACAAUUAAAGAAAACUUGUGAAAACUUUAUCCAUCAUGUAACUGAUACAUUAACUGGACCAUUGAAAGCUUUCUUAUCACGGGUUAGUAUCACUGACUUCAUGAAAGAUGAAAUGACUUCUAAUGUUACACUAAGACAACAACCAUUUGCUACCCCAGAAAAACUUCAUGAUGUGGUUGCUGAGACGUAUAAAAUAGUUAAAACAAAAACACCGGCCAUUCAGAAGUCCAUGGCUCUAUAUUUAGCCAAUAAAGAUACAGAAUCCAUUUUAUUUAAACCUAUAAAGGUAAAUGUACAGCAGUCAUUUCAACAACUAGAACAGAUAUUACAAGAGGAAUAUAAUGAUGAAGAUAGACAAAUAGUAGCUUGUCCUAGUUCAGAACAGGUAUGUACUAGUCCUGUAACUACCAACACAAUAUCCCCUUUUGAAAUGAGAAUCUAA